AUUAAACUGUUAAAGGCUUAAAGUGAAACUAAGGAUCAGUGUUUAGCGGCAGCCGCCGAGAGAAAAGCGAAAAGCUAGACUUGAUUUCUUACGUCUUCUUGAUAAAUAAGUAACUCUAUUUAAGGUAGAAAGAAAAGGCAAUUGUUCCACCUAACUCUGAAGGAUAAGGAGGCCGUCUUCCUUCCUGAAAUCUUUUACAACAUCGGAGCAAAAUGCCAGACAUAAAGCUUUUCCUGGAGGCCCUGUCAGCUCUCUCCGGCUGUAACGUCGAGGCAACAACUGAAUCCUCACAGCUCACAUCGCAGGAUUUUGUCAACAUUGUAGCCCUUAAAGAGUUUUACAAGCAGGAGGGAUUCAAAGAACUGGAGUACCCGAGCUUGGGAACUUUAUCCUUGCAGGACUUGGAAAAUCAGGACAUGUACAGCGCCCCACCAGCAUUGACCCAUGAACCUGUGGCAAGCAUUAAACCAACCGUUAAAAUCAAUACCCAAGACUUCUUCCAUCCGGAGUAUGACUACGAUUUCACCAACAUAAAGGAUGGUGAUAAGGUAUUUACGCGUGGAAAUGAGAAGUACAUUCGCCCCUGUGGAUGGAAACGGACCGCUCUGCGCGUCCAAAAGAAGUAUGAAGAUGGGGACAGUUGGCUGGGGAAAGGGAGGAACGCCUGGCCAGUCUCCUACCACGGCCACAACAUGGACGGCUCCCUUGGCAUCAUCAUCACCCAUGAUGGCCCACCAGACAACGAGCCAAACUUUCUGGAUGCCGGAGCCGCUGCUUUGCAAAACCCCGACACCAGAGGCAGGGGCGUGUACUCAACCCCAGACAUCAAGAUGGCAGAGAAGUACUGCACGACAUUCAAGUACAGUGUGGAUGGGAAGAUGUACAAAGUAGUUCUUCAGAACCGUAUCAACCCUCAAAAAAGGAAGAGCUGCCAGAGAGAGGGCAUCUGGUUGGUGUACAUCCCGGAAGGCAGCACCAACCUGCAGCAGAAAGUCAUUAUUGAGGAUUCCCUUCGUCCAUAUGGACUCCUGAUAAAGCAGGUGUGACUUUUUGGAUGCUUGGAAGAUUCAGGGAUAUUAUAAACAGCAAAAGUUCUGCAAACUUCUUUCACCCUGGGAAAAUAGAAAUGUUUUGCAAACAGUGUGAAAUCUGUUUCAAUCAGGGGCAUAUGGAAAUGAUUAUGAUAGUUUCUUCAGUUACUGUUUGCUAUAGUCGCUUUAACUAAGUGGUCACGCAAAUACCGAUCAGGAAUACCAGGCUCUGCAUUAUGAACACUUCCUCCCUGCCUGCGUUAUCUUCACCACUAUUUUCUCAAAUUUGCUUGUCUCAUAUUUUUAUUAUUCAGAAAUUACUAAACAGAUCUACUAAAAAUACAAAUUUGACGAAAUGAUGAAAAGAGAAAGCAAACAAGAUGUAGAAAGGUCUGCAGUUCUCUAAGUUGAUUUACACUGGCACAUAAAGACUUUUAGUUAUUUUUUUCUAUUUUGAUUGUAGCCUAGUUUUAUUUUUAUUAAUUAUUGCACAUAAUUGAACUGACUUGUCAAAAAAGAAAUGAAUGCUCUAUAAUGACUAAAUCAUUAAAUGAGCAAUAAACCUGUCAAUUUCCAAAGAUUGUUUCAUUAAUUUUUUAUACCUGUAAACUUCAUAAUGUGGUGGGGGGUUUUUAUGUUUACUCCGUAGUCUAAUUGGAAAUCCUUUUGUCUGAACUGAUUUUAUACUGUAAUCAUCUGUCUUUUUCCUGUGAACUAAAAGUCUGUAACAAAUAUGUCAUGAAUAUUAAAAUGGAGAGCACAAAUCCUUUAA